AUGAAAAGAAACGUCGGUGAAAGAGGAACCGAACAGCCGCUAGCUACAUGUGAAAAUCAAUUUGGAACUCCCCUCCAAAGACCAGCGUGUGCAGAGCCAGCGAUCGUGGACAGUCGAGCACAUACACCAGGUCGUACUGCAGACUUGAUGCGAGAUUUGUUUCCGUUCUGUCCACCUACUUUUUGGUCACGAAACCUGGAGAAUCAUCGAACCGAGCUCUACGAUCAAGAGAUGCUACGUCUUUUUUCAUGGAUCAGAAUUUCUACGAGUUGUCUUAGCAUGUUGGGGAUCCGAAAGCAACAUGGCAAGAAAAAAAAAGCUCGUGUUGGAUCUUAUCAUCGGUCACAGGGAUGUAAAGCUGAAAGAACAGCCACAAAUUACUUGAGCCCUCUUGAAAAUGUACCUGUUCUGCUUGUUAUUGAUGAUCGUUCUGCGAUGAUGGCUUAGACUUGGAGUCGAACAGAUUUAAAUCAUCGUCGGCGAUGUUGGAAUUUUUGCUCACAAUCACUCGAGCCCGAGGCUCUUUGAAAUAUGCUGCUGUGAAGUUCUGGAUCUGAACGAAUUCUUCUGAGAAUCACUCGGCAUGGCCGUGAGAUCAUUAAAACGUGUGAUCCUAGUUUGCUACCUCACAAGAAAGCGGGAGGAUCUGCCAUCAGUUGGGUGCAAACGGAAAUUUGUUGCUCGAACGGCGACGAGGUUGACGCAGUCGAAGCCGCAUUGAUCCGUGCAAAUGCUCACAAUUGCUACCUCAAAUCAAUCUCCUGGUUGUUCAGACGUCAAACAUUACUGAAAUUUGAUCAUAUAAUCAUUUCAGGGUCC